GACAAAAAAAACGGUGUGGCGAAUAUUCCGCGUUAUUUAGCGUCAAACGGACAUCAUCUGUCGCGACCUUUUUAGAAUCUAGCUUUAGUGCCUAAUUAUGACGUAAAUCAGCAGGAAAGGACAUCGUUGAUUUGAUAAAAAUUCAAUGAUGAACCUACAUGCUCCACAAAGCCCGUAAACGAGCACGAAAGGCCGUUUUUUUAUUGCCGCUAUUAUUCAUGUUAUCUUAUUCUUACAUUUACGGAUUAGAUCCAGUCGAUGAUGCCUGUUAAACAUGUCGGGGAAUCAAUACAAAGGCCACGAAGUCAGCUGCUGCAUCAAAUACUUCAUUUUUGGAUUCAACAUCCUCUUCUGGUUGCUCGGCAUGGCCUUGGUUGGCAUCGGACUGUGGGCAUGGAGUGAGAAGGGGGUUCUGUCCAACAUUUCGUCCAUUACUGACCUCGGGGGUCUGGACCCGGUGUGGCUCUUCAUGGUGGUGGGGGGAGUUAUGUUCAUUCUGGGUUUUGCAGGAUGCAUCGGAGCCCUGCGGGAAAACACUUUCCUGCUCAAAUUUUUUUCCGUAUUUCUGGGAAUCAUCUUCUUCCUGGAGUUGACCACGGGAAUCCUAGCCUUCGUCUUCAAGGACUGGAUCAAAGACCAGCUCAACUUGUUCAUUAACAACAACAUCCGGGCGUACCGUGACGACAUCGACCUGCAAAACCUUAUUGAUUUCACUCAGGAAUACUGGGAGUGCUGCGGCGCCUUUGGCGCGGACGACUGGAACCUCAACAUUUACUUCAACUGCACCGAUACGAACCCCAGUCGGGAAAAGUGUGGUGUUCCGUUUUCCUGCUGCACCAAGGACCCAGCGGAGGACGUAAUAAACACUCAGUGUGGAUACGACAUCCGAGCAGAACCGGACUCCGAGCAGAAAGACUACAUCAACGUGAAAGGCUGUGUGCCGCAGUUUGAGAAGUGGCUCCAGGACAACCUCACCUUGGUGGCCGGGAUAUUCAUCGGAGUGGCGUUACUCCAGAUCUUCGGGAUUUGUUUAGCGCAAAACCUCGUCAGCGACAUUGAAGCCGUGCGGGCAAGCUGGGUGCCCCCCACCCUCUCCGUGCGACAACCACAACUGCCCACGAGCAAGAAAGCGUACUAUGCGUGAGACAUUUUUCUUUACCUAAAGAGGAAACAGCACUUUAUUUUGAACAGCGGAUUUUACGAACUCAGCUCCUGGACUUGAGGCCUCCAUGAGGACGUCAAGAGCAGGACGGAUGACUCCACUGCACACCUACACCGCGACAAGUAUGGAUCCCGAUGCACUACACGCAGAUUGUAACAUGUUUUGAUAUGAAAUGAUCUUCAUGCUGAUAACAUAGUUGUGUUUUUGCCAUUCCACUGUGGAGGAAUUCUUGUGUUUGCCGUACGACUGAAUGCCGUUCAGCGGCGUGGUACGGAUCACUUGCUCUGGUGUGCCAGAGAGUCUAGGGACAAAACACGGUUAACCGUCUUCUAUCGUUACUUGUUUGACCUUUUCAACAUUCACGUUUUUUCGGGACAAAUCGAACCAGACCAUUUUGGUAAAAGUCAAUCAAAUAUAUGCCAAUUAAAGAGACUGUGCAACGUUUCCAUUCUGACCUGUUAAGUCAUUGUGUGAUGUGUUUGCACCAGGGCUUGCACAGACCAGUCGGCCUUAAGAGGCACAGUGGCGUUUAUUUCCUGACGUCGACUAGUCACACUGACAUGUCCUUGAGACAAUUGUAAUGUGGGCCAGAAAAUCCAAGUAGAGUAGGAAAAGAGAGUUGGACUCGCUUGGAUUUCUUUUUGUUCCUGAUUUGUGUGCUUUUAACAUGGCUAAGUAGCAUAUUAUUACGUAUUAUUCAGAAACUCACCCAGUUGGGGGUAACGAUUCGAUUUAGAAUUGAUUCUCGAUUCCAAAACAAUUCCCGAUUCAAAACGAUUCUCAAUAUGAAACCAAUACUUUUUAGUAAAAUUACGUGCCAGUUCUACGAUUAACUACAUUCCUUCAUAAAAUAGAGAACAGCUCUGAUCAAUGAUACUUUAAAAAAACUGGUGUUGUUGAAUAAAAUUCUACCCAAACAUUUAAUAAAGUCAAAUACACAUAAACAUACUUGCCAACCCUCCCGAUUUUCCCGGGAGUCUCCCGAAUUUCAUUGCCCCUCCCGAAAAUCUCCCGGGGCAACCAUUCUCCCGAAUUUCUCCCGAUUUCCACCCGAAGAACAAUAUUGGGGGCCUGCCUUAAAGGCACUGCCUUUAGCGUCCUCUCUCACCUGAAAAGGAGACUAUUAUAUAUGUCUCCGUUAUCCAUAGGUUUAUCUAUAACCCAUAAAGUAGGCAGGCACGGAGCUAUUUCUCAGCGUGCGUUUAUUCCAGCCGGCACGUUAAUACACUGACACACAACAUCCAGAUUCCCAUCAUGCAUUGCAUCAAAACUACGGCAAGUAGUAAUGUCCAAAAAACAUAACAGAGACGAAGCAGAAGAACGAAGAAGAGACAUGGCGACGGCGAGUAAGAAGAAGAAGUACGCUUGCAAUUUCCAAAAAGAUUGGAAAAAAUAAUUCCAGUUCAUCCAGGACAGCUAAAAGGGGAAGGGGUAUGCUGCCUGCACAUUUUGUAGAUCAGACAUUUCCAUUGAACACGGUGGCCGAACGGAUAUACUCAUUCAUGAACGGAUUAUUUAUUCAUAUAUACACUGCUCAAAAAAAUUAAAGGAACAGUUUUUAUCAGGGUAUGGCAUGAAUUCAAUUGCAUUUUUCUGAUAAGGUUUUGGUCAGGUACGUGGCAGAGGGGGUUGUUUAUCAGUUUCAGCUGCAUUGGUGUUGAUGGAAUUAACAACAGGUGCACUAGAGGGGCAACAACGAGAUGGCCCCCAAAACAGGACUGGUUUUGCAGGUGGAGGCCAUUUGAAGUUCCUCCCUCUUGAUCUUUUUUAACUGUUUUUGCACAAGUGUUGGCUUUAGCUAGAGUCAUUAUCACGACUGGGAGCAUGAGGCGAUUUCUUAACCCUCCUGAAGUUGCGCAGAUUGUCCUACUCCUCCAGGAUGGCACAUCCAUGCGUGCUGUUGCAAGAAGAUUUGAUGUGUCUCCCAGUACAAUCUCCAGAGCAUGGAGGAGAUUCCAGGAGACAGGCAGUUACUCUAGGAGAGCUGGACAUCAGACUUCACGAGAGUGGCCUCAGGGCACGACGUCCUGUAGUGUGCCCUGUGCUCACUGCUCAGAACCGUGGAGCUCGAUUGGCAUUUGCCAUAGAACACCAGAAUUGGUAAGUCCGCCACUGGCGCCCUGUGCUUUUCACAGAUGAGAGCAGGUUUACCCUGAGCAACUGUGAUAGACGUGAAAGGGUCUGGAGAAGCCAAGGAGAGCGCUAUGCUGCCUGCAACAUCAUUCAGCAUGACCCGUUCGGUGGUGGGUCAGUGAUGGUCUGGGGAGGCAUUUCCAUGGAGGGACGAACAGACCUCUACAGGCAAGAGAACGGCAGUCUGACUGCCAUUAGGUAUCGGGAUGAAUUCCUUGCACCCAUGGUCAGACCCUACGCUGAUGCAGUAGGUCCUGGGUUCCUCCUGGUCCACGACAAUGCCUCAUGUGGCAAGAGUAUGCAGACAGUAUCUGGAGGAUGAAGGAAUUGACACAAUUGAAUGGCCCUCACGAUCACCUGAUCUAAACCCGAUAGAACUCCUCUGGGACAUAAUGUUUCGAUCCAUCAGACGCCGCCAGGUUGCUCCUCAGACUUUACAGGAGCUCACUGAUGCCCUUAGACAGAUCUGGGAGGACAUCCCACAAGACACCAUCCGUCGUCUCAUUAGGAGCAUGCCGCGACGUUGUCAAGCAUGCAUACAAGCACGUGGGGGCCACACAAGAUAUUGAAAAUAAUUUUCAGUUGCAGAAAUUGAAUUUAGGCAAAAUGGACGAGCCUGCCACAUAAUUUUUUCACUUUGAUAUUUGGGGUGUCUAUAUACGGAGCCCUCUGUAGGCUGAAAACUUUUAUUUCUAUCAAAAGAUGUGGCAUCCUUUUGUUCCUGAGACAUUAAACUGUUCAUAUCAGUAUGGAUAUCCGACAUUUUUUUUUCACCAUUGAAAUCUGAUGUGUUUUCAAAGUGUUCCUUUAAUUUUUUGAGCAGUAUAUAUAUAUAUAUAUAUAUGAAAUACUUGAAAAUAUAUACACCCCCCCCCUACCCCCAAACUCCCGAAUUCGGAGGUCUCAAGGUUGGCAAGUAUGCAAAUAAGGCAACAGGAAAAGUAUCCAACACUUCUCUUUUCUAAAGUAAAUCUGUACAGCAGAUAUAGAUCAUCUACAUCAGGGGUAUCAAACUAAUUUUAGCUCAGGGGUCGCAUGGAGUACAAAAUCUGUGCACACGCGGGCCCGACUAUUAAAAUCAUGGCAUUAAAACUAAAAAAUAAAGACAACUUCAGAUUGUUUUCUUGGUCUUACUUUGGCCAAAAAAAGAACAAACACAUUCUGAAAAUAUUACAAUAAAAAUAUAGAAAAAAAUACUGGCAGCGGUAAAGUUACGUUUAGAUCCAUGAAGGAAAGAAGAAAGUGAAUGAAUGUUCCAUCCAUCCACCCAUUUUCUACCGCUUGUCCCGUUAGGGGUCGCGGGGGGUGCUGGAGCUUAUCUCAGCUGCAUUCGGGCGGAGGGCGGGGUACACAACUGAACACAUUUACAUAUGCAUAAAAAUGUGUUUUCUUUUGUACAAUUUUUUUAAUGAACUAAGUAACGUUUCCAAAACACAAUAUAGAAUGUGAGAUAUAACAGGAUAAUGCAUACAUUUAUCCUUUGUUUUCAAAACGGUUACAAAAAAGUGGGACCCCAAAAAUUUACUGUGGGACCCCAUUUUGAUGAAUUUAUGGGGUCCCUAGCGCCAACACUGAUGGAGUAUUGGUGCGUGCAAAACAGCAGCACGCGGCUGUGGCCUGCGGGCCAGUUCUAAUAUUAAUCAAAUAUCAUCCCGGGGGCCAUAGAUAAUUAAUUGACUUGGCCCGCGGGCCUUGACUUUGACAUCCCUGAUCUACAUCAACAAUAUGAUUUGUUAAAGUGGCUGGGCAGGUUGUUUUUUUUAAAUCUUCUUUUUGAUUUUUUUUUUUUUUAAUCAAUUAACAAUUGUUACAAGUAAGAUUUGUGAUUCAUCCGAAAAUCGGGUGUUGUACUUCCUGUCAAGGCAAAAAUCAGUGCUGCCCCUUUUCGCUGGCAUUUUGUGAAAACACGCUUUGUUUUUUUCUUCAAAGUUUUCGAACAUGGAGAUGAGACUUUUAGACAUGCAUGUGUUUUUAUUUAUGACGGAGAAAGGACGUCAUCAGUGACUCGUUGGCUUUCAACGAUUCUGAAGUCAUGCGACCUCCGAGUAUGCACGUGUAAAUGUCGUAACACCAAAACUGAAGAUACUUUUUUUUUGCCACGUCAAGAUGUGCAACACUUCACAAACACAUAACGUGUUAACGUGGGAAGAAAAGCCUGACUGGUGUUUUUGCCACAGUGAAAUGUCAGAAUUUCAAAACACUGUUCUGCCCACAAAAAAAGGUGUAACUUGGUCAAAAGUCGGGAUGUUGGAUACGGUAACAAAGAUGGUGCAUGUUGGGAUGUCAAAUACACACAUGCCAAAUGUGAAUGUGAUACAAAGGAAAACUUGACGAGAAUGGGGAAUGUCACAACUUGGUCAAGCUUGAAGACGCUUGUCGUCGUCUCAUAUGGAGAUUUUAAAUGAAACACUGGCACAAACAUGAAUCUACACACCACCAGUCUCACGCUCACAAAAGUCGUGACUGAAACUUAAGAAACACUCUUGUCAUUUUUGUUUUCUUUAUGGCGACGCAUGCCCAUGUUCUUACAAUUCAUGUUUGUGUUUGUCAGUGAAACACUUCAGUAUUUUCCUAAAGUUGUAGCACUGUUUAUAAAUGUGUAAAUAAACAAAGGCUUCCCGAUUUGUGUUCAUAUUUUGGUUUUGUUGUAUUUAUUUGUUUAAAUCAUUCAGUCUAUACAGUAUGUAGCUGUGCACUCAUGAUUAGCCAAUAAUGUAUUAAUGUUUAAUUGAAAUAUCUGUAUAUUUUUAUCACCACCCUUACACACACUUGAAGUAAACCUGGAGCGCUUGUUUUUUUUUUUUUGUUGGAAAUGUUAAAUGACGUUACAAUUGCAUUGUAUUUGUUGUUUUGUAAUUUUUGUUUUUGGUUGUUACUGUUAGGGUUACACAUUAUGUCCCGUGAAAACUGUUACUUAUUGUAUGCUUUCGCCCAUUGCAUUGUUCAAAACAUUUGACUGCUUUUGGAAUAAAAGCUGAUUUUCAAACA